UUCCCAACAACAUUAGUCAUGGAGCAGCAUCUGUUCAUACUCCUGUUCUUCACAGGAAUCGUCCCCCUCACCCUGUCUGUCCCUCGUAUGUACUAUCUGAUCCAAGAGGGGAAACAAUGGAGUGAUGCUCAGGCUUACUGCAAGACCAACUACACCGACCUGGCGAUCAUUGAAAGUAAUGACAACAUGAUCCAGCUCCAGAAUGAAGCACAGAGAGAACAGUUCAGUUCCAGCGCUUGGAUUGGACUGUACAAUGACGUCAAUAGCUGGCGCUGGUCCUUUGGAAAUGAGCCCCUGGGAAGUAUGACAAAAUGGGGUGGUGUUGAGCCUAACAAUGUACACGGAACUCAAGAGUGUGUCAUGAUGUAUAGUUUGGGUUGGAUGGAUAAAACAUGUACAGACACAUUUCCUUUUGUGUGCUUUGACGGUGAGACGCGCCAUAUUUCACCAUCAUUUUUUCAAAUUUGAAAGUUUUCUAAAUAAUUCUGAACAGUGUGUAAAG